CAAGGCAGUUGAUCGUAGAUGAUAUCACCAUGAUGAGUAAUCGUAUGAUUAUAUUGCUUGUCUUUGUAGAUCAAAUCCAUGAAAGAGACAUCCUUAGAGAUCUCAAUGAAAUCUACCAGAUAGUGGUAGCCAAGUUGCAGCAAGAGGAUUCUCUUCCGCAGCAGAAACUAAGACCAGAUCAGUUUGAGAAUUUGAAACGAGGCAAGACAGGGUUGGACAAUAUGCUACAAUUCCUAUCUCUUUCAAAGAGCAAUAUCAAACCUGGCUUGAAGGAGAAGGAAAUUAUAGAUUUCUUAAAUAAGCAGAGUCUGAGAAAGAUAGUACAGAAAGGGCAGCUUUCGAAAGCUCAGAUUCAGCCUAUGCAGCAACCACUAUCUCAGACAGUUCAAGAUCAAUCUCAUGAUAAUCAAACAACUAUGCAGAUUCAAUCAAUGAGCAAGCAGGGUGCUGGGUCAAGGACACAACAGAUCAAGCAAGGUGUAGUUCAAUCCCUUGAAAUUGGCACUCCCGGGAUCUCUGCCUCUCCUCUCCUUCAGGAGCUUACUAGUCCUGAUGAAAAUAUCAGAUAUCCUUUGACAAGUACUUGUGGAAAAUCGAGUGCUACUGAGCUGCCUAUUGAACGCCUUAUUAGAGCUGUGAAAUCCAUCUCACCACAAGCGCUUUCUUCUGCAGUAGUGAGAUCUGUUGUAAGCAUGGUUGAUAAGAUAGCUGGUUCAGUACCAGGAAACGAUUCAAGAGCUUCAGUUGGUGAGGACUUGGUUGCAAUGAAUAAAUGCUGUCUCCAAGAAAGAAACUUCAUGAUGCAGGAGGGAAUGGGCGUCCGUGAAAAGGAAGCGUCAGACAACCCCAAUGCCAUUAAGCGUUGCUUCAGUGGGAGGACGUUGGUGAUAGCUACAAGCAGUUUGCUGGUUUGGUAACAUCAGAUAUGGAACCUUCUGUGACUUGUGGUGGCAAGAAGGCAAGAACUGAGGUAUGGUUUUCAGUUACACUUCCCUUAGGUAUAUCUGCAAAGUUUAUACAAACACACACACUCAGCACAUAAAAUUUGGAAGCCCAAGAUUUCAAUUUUCUUAUUUUGAAGACUCAAUCUUGGA